AUAAGAUAGCAUCAAGGAAAGACCCUACCCACCUUCACCUCAGCAUAAACAACAGUUGUGAGUAACGGCUUUAUAAGGAUUUGUUCCGAAUUUAGGUUCUUCGUAGGCAGAAGACACUUCUCCCCGGAAAUGCAGGCGCUGCGCGCAGGGCGGGAUACAGCUCCGUAGUUGGAUGCUAGAAAACCCUCCGUGGACGAGCAAUCCAGGAAUGAAUGUGGAGAAACAGGGAGAGAUUCCAGGACAGAAAGCGAGUGCGGAUGCGGAUACAACAGGCGGGAUUUUUGCUGCCAAGGAACGAGUGACUUUGGAGCAGACCAGCGAGAUGAUCGAGCGAGCGCAAUGGAUGAAGAGUAAGUGGUGGAAAAGGAAAGGGGAGAUGGGCGAAACCACGGCGCUGCAGGCGAUAGUGCGGAGUAACCAGCAAUGGGAAAGAGUCUAGAGUGACUAGCGGUGGUGGUAGUCCCUGUAGGCUAGAUAAC